CAAACACACACACACACAAACACAGGGAGGAGCGUUUGGUUUCCCUGGCAGCAAGAGGAUGAGGAGGAGCUUUGGUUGGUUGUUACUCUGCCACAUAGUCAAACAACAGAGAACCAUCUGUGACUGCGGUCAAAAGAGGCCCCGUGGCUAUGGCUACAGACCCAUUAGCUGAGGCAGGCUUUUAUUUUGAUGAACUCAACAAGCUGCGAGUGUUGGAGCCUGAUGUCAGCCAGAAGACUUCAGAGCUCAAAGAAGAGUGCAAAGAGUUUGUGGACAAAAUUGGCCAGUUUCAGAAGAUAGUGGGAGGUCUGAUUGAGCUCGUGGAUGACCUGGCAAAAGAAGCAGAGACUGAAAAGAUGAAGGCCAUUGGAGCCAGAAACCUGCUGACAUCUGUAGCAAAGCAAAGAGAGGCCCAGCAGCAGCAGCUUCAGGCUCUCAUAGCAGAGAAGAAGAUGCAGCUUGAAAGGUAUCGUAUAGAGUACGAAGCUUUGUCCAAAGUGGAGUCAGAGCAGAACGAAUUCAUUGACCAGUUUAUUCUCCAGAAGUAAGAACUCCCGAGACCAAACAAUCUGCGACUCUCCUCAGUGCCUAUCCCAUUUUCAGAGAACUACUUCGCUGCAGCUCCUUUUCCGAAGUGGUCCCAAAACUCCGACGUCACGGACCUCCUCUGACUGCCUGCUGUUCCCACUGUGGACAGGUGUGUGCAUUUACAGUGCAGGGAGCUUCAAGUGCUCAUCUCUGUUGGCAUCAAAUGCCUCGACAUGUCACACCAACACUGAAGACGAUGGAGCUAUUUAUACAAAGAGAACCUAUUUAUACUAUUUAUACCUUAGUCUGUAUAUCUAGUUUUAUUACUUUUUGUAUCAAUGGAGAUUAAUACUGCAUGUGCAUGUAGCUGUAAAUAAGUUUCAGUUCAAGAAAAAUGAGCAGACCAGGAUGUUUUUGUUUUAUUCCAUUGGUUGGUGCAGCCAGUACAUAAGAAACAUUCUCCUCAUUGUUUUCUCGUAUGUGUAUCCUUGUUAUCCAGCAUUCAUUUGAGAAAAAUGGUUAUACUUGAAUACUGUAUGUUGCACAAAAGUAUCAUCUUUGCCUCCAAGCUGUAGAAGAGGUGUGUGAGCAAAGUUUAACAAUGUGCUAUUAAGUAUUGUGUUAAUAAAGAUUACUUGAUAUGCAAA